GACAGUUCAACUUAUCAGCCGGUGGCUUUGUUUUCUUUCUACUUUUAUCAUCACUAGUCGAUUGCUUAUUAUCGGCGAUGCAAUAAAUCGGUAAUUAUCUUAAACACUGUUCUAGUUCCGUUUCCUUGACCGGAGUUUAGAUAACAGAGUCCACAAAUUAGUUAGAAAAACUAUGGCGAUAUUAAAUUAUGUGAACCCAUUUCACAUUUUUCGUGAAUUCGUACGUAAUCCUGUAGAAGCGUUUGUGCUACAUCAGUACUUGGGAUAUAAGAAGAAGACAGAAGAAGGAAUAAACAGCGUGAAAGAGUUACUGUAUAGGGCUGGAAUCAUAUCCGUGUUCGUUACUGCGAUUUUGUGGGUGUCCAUAUUUAUGUAUGUGGUGUUUUACUAUACUUACAUGCCAAACGUAACGCAUAUGAGGCCCGUACAUCUACAGUUCAAGUCAUGCGACGAGCAAAUGGGCCUGUGUUCAUUCCCGUCAGCCCACGUCCAGCUCACCAAAUAUAGUCAGAUGCUAAUGUCGGGGCAGCCCUACCGCGUGCGGCUCGUGCUUGAUAUGCCGGAGUCGCCCAUCAACAAAGAACUGGGUAUGUUCAUGGUGUGUGCUCAGAUGAGGGCUAAGGGCGGAGUCCUAGUGUCGUCCUCGUGCAGAUCCGCUAUGCUUAGACACAGGUCUUGUCUACACGAAUUUAUCCGAACCGUCGUGUUCGCUCCUCUACUCUUGACCGGGGUGAACGAGGAGCGCCAGCAACUGCACGUCGAGCUGUUCAGCGACUUCGAGGACGACCAGAAUUUACCAGUGACUGACGCCUACGUCGAACUACAAUCCAGACACGCUCAAAUAUACGCCUGCGAGCUACAAAUAGAAGCCCACUUCACCGGGCUCCGGUACUGCAUGUACAAUUACCCACGACUCUCGGCUGCCAUCGGUAUCAGUACGAAUCUAUUUUUCGUGUCGCUCAUAUUUAUAUUGAGCUGGUAUCAUCUACAGGACGGAUUGCCAGACUUCGUAAAGAGCAAAUUUGGCGACAUCAAAACCGAAACCGACCCGGACGACGAAAAGAAAUACUUAAAGAAAGUUAAAUUGGAGAGAACAGAUUCUUCCAUGUUCCUCGAUGACGAGAGCCUGAUGGAGGAGCUGAAACACAUCGAUGAACCGAAGAAGACUUAGACUGACUGGAGCUUAUAGUAUUUUUGUACGGCUUUUUACUACAUUGUGUCAAUUAUUCGGCGAAGCUAAAAAUAUUUAUAUUAAGCAUAAAACAUUAACGUGAUAUUUGAGAAUUCAAAUUUAUUGGCUAUUGCAUACUUGAUCAAAAAAUAAUGAAAUAUAUAUUUAUUAUAAAGAAAGAAAUUACGCAAAACUCUGCAUAGGGAGCGCCACUAGCACAAAUAGUAAAAAAACCGCCUUGAUGCAUCAAUGUCAUAUUUAUUCGUAGGAAAUAAUCUACGAAACUGUCAAAAAACUGUUUACGCCAUAGUAUAUAUAGUUUACGUUUUGUGCUAGUGCACCACUCUGGCGGCAGAAAAUUGCACUAAUACUUUAUAUUAAAGAAAAGCCUACGUGGGAUUUAAUAUUUUGUUGCCAUGUAACUAUAAUAAUUAUUUUUAACUAUUAGCCUUUUGAACGCCACGGUCGGCAAUAGACAACAGUUUAAAAUGGACCUUCAUACAUUCCAAUACGGUAUACUAUUAUAAAAAUGUGUGGAAUUUAAAAAAUAAAUACAGUAAAAAAUUCAUUUACGUCACAAAUACACUGAUGAAUAUAAUUCAAUAAUAUUUUUGUCGUGUAUAAGCAACAGAACCCAAAAGUAGACUGACAUCAUAGCUCUCUCCGUAGGUAGAUUUUUUAGAAUUUAAUCUACUUAUAUCUUGGAAGGGUAUAGGAUAGCAAUAGCAUAUAGAUAAUUGGGAAAAAGGUUGGUUUGUAUAGGCGUAAUUGUUUGGCUAGAUAAUUUUAUUUUCCUUUUUUUAAGGGAAAAGUAAUUAUAUAUUUACUGGCACUACAGGGGCCCAUUUAUCGGACGAUAUUAGUCUAAUAUUAUUAGUGUGUUGGCCAUACGAUUUGACUUGAUACGACUUGACAUGGGCCAAUUUCUCGGAAGAUAUUAGACUAAUAUUAUUAGUCCACGAACAGGGGCCCAUUUCCCGAACGGUAUUAGAUUAAUAUUAUUAGUCCACGAACUGUCAAAUCGCAUGGGUUACCAUGGCGACACACUAAUAAUAUUAGAUUAAUAACGUUCGAGAAAUGAGCCCCUGUCAAAUCGUAGGAGUUACCAUGGCAACACACUCAUAAUAUUAGUCUAAUAUCGUUCGAGAAAUGGGCCCCGGUUAACCUUAACAUAACAUGGCGAAAUAUAUAAAUAAGCAAUAGAUAUAUGCAAAAAAGUAUAACUAAAUGUCUUCAUAGCUUUUGGUCUAUAUUGUUACAUAACUCUGUCCAUUCCAAAUCGCUUUAACCUCUGUGUAAUAAAGUGUACUUUCCUAAAUUUUUUAAUAUUUAUACCAACUCCACACUUUUUCAAUCUUUUUAAUAUAACAUGUUGCAAAAUAAACUAGCUGUCAUAUUAAGUAAAUAUCUACAAAAUAAUAACCAAUCUGUAUAAUUUUGUAUUAAAAUGACAGUUGGCUUGGGUAGAUUGGGCAGUAUAUAGCCCAAUCGGAUUGUCAUUUUAGUAUCAAGGACAUAGCUUAUUCGUUGUAAAGUAUAUUUACUUACCCAGAAUAAUUGUUGUCUGCCUUACCUGCACUGCACUUUUGCCAUUAUACUUAUAGUGAAAUAAGGCUGACUCUAUUUGAUCCGGUUAAAAAUAUUACAAGUAUAUACAUAUUAUAUUGAAUGAGCGAAUAUUGAAUGGUACUGAAUGGCAGAAUAGUUGAGCCUUUAACCUUUAAAAAAUAAUUAAAGAGGGAAAUUGUUUUUGACGUUUUUGAUGUGAAGGUUCGAUUUGAGUGCUGGUUGAUGUUUGAAUUAUGAUUAUUUUACCUGAUUUCCUCGCAUGUUUGGAGAAAAGCACUAUAUAUGCCUCGGCAGGAACAGCAAUUCGUGGAUUCGUCUACUUUGUCGGACGACGCGAAACUCAUCCACGAAUUACCCUUUCCCGGCCUCUGCAAUAAUGUACUAUUCAUUUUGUUAUCUUUAUGAAUCUAGCGUAGGUAUAAAUUAAGACCGAUGUUUUGUUAAGUUAUUCAUUCAUUUUUAUAAAAGAUUUAAAACGCUUAUGUGUAGUUGUUGUACACUUUCUAAGUUAUUUAGUUACUAUAGUGUAAGAGUUAUUUAAAUGAUUUUAUUGUUUUUGGAAUAUAAUGUCUACUUUAAUAUAUUGUGAUAUUACAUUUUCGGUGAGAGAUUUUAAUAAAGCUUUCGAGUAAUA